GGGAUAGAAGUUGCGGACGUGUUUAUGGGGUAGUUGCGCCUGCUCGGUUUUUCCGUGAAGAGGAACAGCAUUUAAUAAAGAAAGUUGAGUCGGUUGCUGGGAGUGGUUUACCAGGCCCGGUUACCAUUGAGACGCUGUUGUGGGCAUCUCACUUCCAAAGAAAUGACAAUGCUACGUUUACGAUGUAAAGCAAAGAAUGGAACUCACCUGAUGCAAGGGCUGACUUCAGCGUCCUGUGCCCAAGAGUUGAAAGAUAAAGUAGAAGAACUAACUGGAAUUCCAUGUGCACUACAAAAAAUCAUGGUGGGAUUUCCUCCAUCCAGCUUGGAUCUUCGUAAUGGAGAAAUGCCUCUCAAAGAUUGUCCUAUCAAAUCUGGAGAUACUUUGAUUGUGGAAGAGGAAAGGGAUACAUUGAAGAUCAAAGCCACCAUGUCAAAAUUUGGUGCUAAAAGCUCAGAUAACGAUACUUUCCCACAGCUGAUCCGGCAUGUUGUCCCUGCAGACAAUUCAUGUCUCUUCACGAGCGUCCACUACGUGGUAGAAGGUGGUGUUUGUGAGCCAACCUGUGCUCCGGAAAUGCGAAACCUGAUAGCACACAUUGUGGCAAGUGACCCUGAUUUGUACACAGAAGCUGUACUAGGAAAAAGUAAUUGGGAUUACUGCAAUUGGAUUCGACAAAAUGACACGUGGGGAGGAGCCAUUGAAAUCUCUAUUCUAUCCAAGUUUUACCAGUGUGAGAUCUGUGUAGUGGACACACAAACUGUUCGAGUAGACAGGUUUGGGGAGGAUAUAGGCCACAUGAAACGUGUCCUCCUGAUCUAUGAUGGGAUCCAUUAUGACCCAUUAGAACGACAGUUUGAAGAUUCUGAAACACCCGCACAAACCAUCUUCUCCACCGCUGAUGAUGUUGUGCUUACUCAAGCACUUGAGUUGGCAGACGAAGCUAGAAGGAAACGACAAUUUACUGAUCUGAGUAGAUUCACAUUGCGAUGUGUAAUCUGCCAAAAGGGGCUGGUGGGUCAGGUAGAGGCUAGGGAGCAUGCGAAAGAGACUGGACACACCAACUUUGGGGAGGUAUGAUAGCCAGAAAACUGUUAUCUACCUCACAUUCCUAGAAUCUACUGGGAUAAUUAAUCUCUAGAAAUGAAAUGGAAUAUUAAAGCAUUUUUUUACUCUAGGAUGAUUAAACGAUGAGCUGAUCAAAUUGUUGGUUGUUUGAAAAAUUGGCCCUCAUUCUUGAAUUCCUGUUUACAUGGUAGAAAUGGCAUUAGACUUCUCUCAUCCUAGUUAUUGUAUUUAACGAAAGAUUCAUCUUUUAAUAGAAGAUACACUUCCAAAUUUGAUAGCCAUUAAAAUUACUUUACCCAAUGGAGUAUUAGAUGCCUGAGAAUUCUGGUCACAAAUAUGUAAAUCAUCAGUGGUUUCUCUUAUAUCUUAAACUUGAGUUGUUUUCAUUCUGUAUAGGUAAAUACAUGCGCAAGUCUCACAUUUGGAAAGUCUUUAUUGCAGAAUAACUCUAGAAAAAUGAGCUGUAAACCUAUAAACUAAUUUGUUGUGAAUAUUCAUUUGAGGAUUCUUAAGAUUUAAAGUAGCCCAGUUGCUCCAAGGGAAAGUCUUUUUUGUGUUUUAACAAUUGUUUUGUGAUCAGCUCAUGGAAAUCACAGGUGCAUCCUUAAACAACUACCUUAACCCUGACUUGUGUUGACAAAUUCAGGAGUACUGUAAUCUUUUUAGAUAAACCAUUCUUUGAGUCAUUGCUAUUUUUCAAACAUUUUCCUAAUUACUUUGACAGCUAGCAGAACCUCCUUAGCUUCCAUGAGUAGGCCGAAAUUCCUCUGAACUGAAAUGUGCACCCCUUAUUUGUGUAAUGGGAUUGCGUAUCACAGGACUAAUAGUUAUCUGCUUAACUACAAUACAAUGCAACUGACACCUUAUGGAAUGCUCACCACGUUUUUGUCUACUUAAAACACAAUAGAUAUUACACUGUCAACAUAUUACAUUCAGGCUAAAAUUAAAAGUUUAUUUCCAAUUAUGAUUGCAUGGAAGCAGGAAAGACUGAUGAUAUGGAUACUUAAAUUAAUGAAAAUAGAAUCAAGAAUCAGUCCACAAAUAUUUUUAAAAGCUGCAUCUCUAUGGAAACAGUUUUUCAAUGAGUUUUCAGCAUGAAGUUUGUAAAUGAGCAACAAGAUUUCUAUUUUCCCACAUGAAACUCAAGUACUAAUUUUCAAAAUAAAACCAAAGGCCUGACAAAAAGCAGGUCUGUAGAUGACCCAGUCUGGAAGCCUUUAAUAAAUCAAGAUCAAAUACACAAUGAUGCCUCCUAUGCGUAGAAUACUUGACAAGCUGCAUAUGUAUUAAUAGUUUAUGUAUAAUCUGAUUCUCACUUAAGCCAAAUUUCAUUAGCAAAAUUAAGAUCCUCCCUGCAUCCUGAAGAUUUCUGGUUUUGGACUCUACCUUAAAAGAUUAGUGAGGAAAAAUGGCUCGUGUCUCAUUUAAAUUGUGAAUGAAUCAGGACCAUUUGAUAUAUUGGUCAUUCCCAGACAUAGACAAAGAAAUGCUUUCAAAAGUUAUAGCUUUCUAACACCAAUUUUAAAAGCUAACUUUUAAUUUACAUUUACUCCAAAGUAAUAUAAAUGUUAUUUGAUGCAGGACUAAACUCUUUUGAUCACAAGUAUGAUUUCUUUACUUAGUAUACACAUAAACCUGAAAGAAAUAUCAGCAUUAUUCCACUUGAAUGCUUAUAGAUUUUUUAAUAUUUAUGGGUUUGUUUUUAAAGAUUUUUAAAUUACUUUUAUGCAUGGUGAAACUUUAAUGAUAUAGCAAAAUUAAACAUGAAAUAAAAUCAAAAUGCUGGAAAUACUCAGAUCAGACAUCUAUGGUUCAGGUCGAUGACCUCAUCAGAACUAUUUCUGAUAUUACAAUUUUGCCUUAUCUGCCAAAUUUUAAGCCAUUUUCUGAAACUUGGUUUAGAAUUUAGUGUUAUUAACUUAAGCUGAGUUGACUGCAAAUAACAAAUCAGAUGUGAUUGGUCAGUUGGCAAAUGUUACCUUUAGCCAAUUGUCCUAAUGCUACUGCUAGCAUACGGAAGACUGCAGUUAGCUGUUAUUGUAACAAUUUCUUAUUACAAGGUCUGAAAGAUAUUUUUUCAGUUUUUCAUCCGGUACUAUUAAUUUGUAUUGCUAACUAAGGAAAAUGUAACCAUGUUACAUAAAUUGCAAUGGAAAUGCAUCAAUGUGCCAAAUAAGGUUAUGAUUUAUUAACUCAGCAAAAUGAAUGCAGAUCAUGCUCUGAAAUGGAUAACUCAUAUUUCAGGCCCUUUUAUAUCAAACACUCUUGAUUCAAAUAUAAUAUCCUUACAUACAGAGUAAUACUCUCUUUACUCAGAUGCAAUAAUGUGCCUUAUCCCCAAAUUGAGCACGUAUUGGGCUGCAUCUCAGAAGAACAGUGUAUUACUUUAUUUCUCAUGUCACUAAGUUAGUAUCAAAUUAAAAGCAGUUUUUCAUUAUAGAUACUUAUCCAAAAGGAACUGGAUUGAGUUGGUUGAAACCUAUUUUACAUGGCUAGCAGAUUGAAGACUAGAAAUGAAAAGCUACCAGAUUGUAGGCUAGAGAUGAAAAGCCAGGUUACGUUUUUGUGCCAGUUCACCCUUUGCAGUAACAUGUUUAUUGCCUAAAAACAUAUUUCUUUGAAGUACUUCAUAUUAGGCCAUAGAAGUUUAUAACAGAAAAGGAAGAGCCAUUGUGUCUUUGCUGAUCAAUCCAAACUAAUCAUUCUGCCCUGAUCUCACUUUUUCCUUAAAGGUAAAAUUAUCUAUCCCUCACUUUACAUGGUAUAACUCCAUGCUCCAUCAACCAAAUAACGAAUGUUUUUGCCAAUCUUCUCACACUUAGCAAUGGUUUUAAUUGAUGAGCCUUCAUGAGUCAGUAAAUUAUUGAAUUGUUAACAUUUCUGCUGGUAGCUUAAAUGUGCAUGAGACUCCUUUACUGUGCAUUUUGUAAACAGCUGUAGUACUGCUCAGAGCCUCCAAGUGGCAGUCUGAACUUGUAGAUGUAGAAAUCAAAUUUUAAGAGCGCCAUCAAUCAUUUUGUGGCACCAAGGCUUAAUACAAAGUCAGAUUUUGGUGAGGGGUGGGAGUGGUGUUUGUUUUACAUACAAAUUUGGAAUAACAUUAUUUAAGUAAUUUAAUUUUUGUCAUGCAGCUACUUGGGAUUAAUCAAUUGUGUACAAUAUUAUUCCAUUUUAUUAAAUGUUAUUCAACAUGAAGGACAAAUAUAUGAAAUAUUAAUUUAUUAGCAAAGCUACAUAUUAGCUUAAUAUUGAUCUAAACUAGUUUGGCCUCCUCCAAUGUUAACAUCUACAUGAUGCCCCAAAACCCUUAACAGCAUCAAUAUUGGAACAUAGUGCCUUUUUCAUUAAUAAAUGAUUCAAAAUUGUAAAUAAGCUUAGAGUAAAAGGAAAAUAUCUGUGCUUUUUAAUGAUCUGUACUUGAAAGAUGACGAGCAGGGAUUACUUUUAUACAGGUCACAUCCACAUUGUAACAGGGAUAGUUGGCAAAGUUGCUCAGUACUUAAUUAUACAGAGAUCACAUUAAAUUUGGGUUAUUAUUGCAUAAUAGUGAAUUUUUGACACUAGUAUAUUGAGUACUGUAUACAUACGUAUAUAUGCUGCCAGUAAAGCAACUAAUAACUAAAUUCCAGUUUUAAAAUUUUUAAUUGCUUGUUAGAGAUUUCUUUCUUGUACUAUGUGGAAAUAUAAAAACCCUCGGGUUCAGUUGGAAUACGUAUUCUCUCCUAUGAAUAUGUUCAGUUUAUUUUCCAACUAAUGCAGCUCAGCCCACGCAAUUCCUGUAUUUGCUGUAUUGAGUCAAUGUAUGAAUGCUGAGUUUAUUCUACCUAUUGAUGUAAUGUACAUCUACAAUAUAAAUUGUUAAAGUUUAAUGGAGAACAAAAAUAUAACAAUCAUGACUAGAAACCAUAAAUAUUAACUUAGAUGAUAAAUGACUCUAUCCUUUUACAUCCAAUGUGAACAUGAUCAUAAUGCAUAUUUUACAUAGGGAAAAAGUUAUAAAGAACUGGUUUCUUUUUUGAAAAAAAGGUCCUAUUGGAAUAAUCACAUGUUAUGUUAAUCUGGCUGUGUAAUAUUUGAAAAUAAACUUGAAUAAGUUUAUUAACUUAAUAUUAACAUUAACUCCAAUAUUAAUAUUAACUCCAAUUAACAUUAAUUAACAGUCUUACUUUCAUACUGAUAGCAAGAGCAUGCAAGAUAAUGUAUAGUUAAUAGUGUAGAGCAAGACAUCAUGCUUAACAGUAGGCUAAAGAAUUGCCCUGUGUCACCUUAGGUAAUUUCCUAGUUAGUAACACUUGUGGGGGCUUCCUUAUGAUAUUAUAGAAGAAUUUUUAUUUUCCCAAAACUGAAGUUGAGCAGUGAGUAGUUUAAGCCCGGGACAAGAGUGUUUUGCAAUGUUGUAUCAUGUGACAUCUUUGCAGUGAUAGAGUUUUGUUAAUUUAGCUGCUGGGAAUGGAGAUUGGUGCAAGAGUGACAAAAUUGAGUGAUUAAUUACAAAAUUGCCCACAAAGAUUAAACUUCUUCCCUAUAUAUUCUGACCCAAGUUAUGGCUUUACACUUGCUUCACUUUUGACCUUAUCUGUUAGUUGCAACAAUUUAAAGUUUUAAAGUCAGAACAGUGGAGGCUUUACAUAGGUUUACUCCAUUUACAAUAUUGUAAAUUAACUUCAGUUUAAAAAUUGCAAUUUCAUAUUUAUCAGAUCUUUGAGGUAUACUUGAAAAUUAAUUUAAAUUAUUUUAAAUGACUUGUCUAGUUUGUUGAAAGAAUUUCAAAUUAACUCAUGAACAAACAGAAAAUGGGACUUGAAUCCACCAGACAAAUCAGUGUAUUUGGCAAUGGAUUAACAUAUAUUUCAAUUGUAGUUUGUGCACACUAUAUGCCAAAUGCUGAUCCUAAUUUUUUAUAAACCUCCCCAACAAGCCUGUGUUUAAAGUACAGUAAGUACAUGUUAGUUGUAUAGUUGAACAAGUGUUUGUUGUGGACUGGUAAUAUUUGUCAUCUAUUGAUUUCACUGUCCUGAAAUACGAGAGCUUUGAUUUUUGUGUAUUAAUAAUGUAAUUAUAUGCCUUCAGGGUAAUCCUUGCUGCCCGGUACUUUUAGACAUUAAAUUUUACCGUUGCUUAAGCAAGAUACUUGAUACAGGUUUCAGAGUAAUUAAUCAAACUUGUUGUUUAAGACGGUUAAUUGCUGCUUCAGGUGUAUUCAGAUUCAGGUAUAGAUGACUGCUGUAUUAGAAUGCCCGAAACUGAGCAAUUAUUUUUAAACAGAGAUUUUCUAUUUUUUCUGUGUGGGGGGAGGUGUGAUUUGAUUAAUUCAGGUGCUACAGGUUCCAAUAUUUAAACAAUAUGAUAAUUAAAUGGGUAAAUGCUCCUUCAAUAGCAAAACAUAAGAUGGCAGGAAGCCAAUAUACCAUUCUUUGUUUAUUUUGUUUUUAACUAAAAUAAAAGGCCUAGUGUUAAAAACCUGGUUCUGACUCUCUGGAACUCCCUUCUUAAAACCCUUAACCUAUCAACAUUCACCUUUCUGACCAAGCUUCCGGUCCCUUAAUUAACCUUUCCUGGCUUAGCAUUUGUUUCCCCUACAUCUGUGAAGAGCUUAAAUGUUUUUAUGUUAAAGACACUAUAUAAAUGGAAGCUGUUAUUAAGGGAAAAGAAAGUUAGUUCAAGGCUCAACCAUGGAAAAGGAAGAUUGCAAUUCUGUUGGUUUGGUAUACUAGUCUUAUUAUAAAAUUACAGCUACCUUGUGGUUAGUUCACAGCAUAAAAUACAAGUUAUUUAACUGUUUUAACUAAACUAUUGAAAUGAACUCAUAUUUCUAUUUAAGUUUCUAUAUAAUUUAUAACAUCUUUUUAUUCUGUUUACAGAAACAUGGGUCAGUGUAACCACUAAAUAUUGUUUUACUAUGUUUAGUGAAUGACAAAUAACUUUGGAAAAAAUCAAUUCUUCAAGAUAAACAGUAAUCUAAACAAUGAGAUCUGUGUGUGUACAUAGGUCUAUCCAUCAGUGAAUUCAUGAGUAUCAAAGUUUUAUUGUGUAGAGCUUCUAUAAAUUGGUCAAAGGUUGAAGCUGCAACAAUUUUAAAAAUGUUAUGGCACAUGAACACUGCAGUUGUCACAGAGAAGUUCCUUCUCAUCUAAUAAGGUUAUUAUAAUUGUCAAUGUACAUUUCAAUUAAUUUUUAUGAUACAUAAAUUGUCAAAAUUUAAUUUGAAUUCUAUUAACCCCAUCCUCACCCAAAAAUGCUUUUUUGGUUAAGUAUUUGAGAAUAGGACCAGAAAUAUCCUUGGCAAUAUUAUGGAAUUGAUCAGUUCCAGCGCCUUAAGCUAUGUUGUUCCACUUGCCCAAGUUUAGAUAUUAAAUUCAGCCCUUGGAUUAAUCCCCUUGCAUGUUGAGAUGCAUUGGUCAUUUUAUAUUGCGAUGUAAUAGGAUGCUGCAUAUAAAUCUAGAACUGAAACAAUCUUGUUUUGCAGAUCAUGAACCUGAUAUGUUCUACAGACCCAAGAAUAUCUAAAUACAAAAUUCAGAUUACUACUUUUAUAUCAGGACCACUGCACCUUUUUGGGGGAUUAAAGUUGACUUCCGUUCAUGCUCAAUGGUGACAUCAAACCCUGCAGUAUGAAUCCAAAGUAUUUAGGCACAGUCUUUCAGCACUACUAAUUUGACUAAAAGUAUAGUGCUUGCUACUACUUGAUUUUCUUGAGUAUAAGAAAAAUGUUUAUAAAUUCAAGUGGUUCCUGCAUUUUUAUCACCAGUCUAGGAUAACCUCUAGUCUAAUGAUAUGGCUGUUAGAAGUAAAAAUAAAAUGGGAUUGGGACAGGACAGGUGAAGAACAGACACAAAUGCAUCACUUGCAUCUUGUGAAGUUCAUAUAAUGUUAAAGGAUUUGUGAAAGAUACAAAACUGACAUGUUUUCACUUCAUGGUGUACUGUAUAUCCAUUUUUGAAACUGUUAGGUACUGCAUUUGAAUUUGAAGCCAUAGCCUCUUUAUUACCUGUUUGUGUGUAUUAAAAAAUAUUAACUUAUAAACAUUACCUUUCUAAAAAUCUGCAAAUGCAUUUCUCUCUGCUUCAGGGGAAAUGUGCUAACAUGCAUGUAUCGGAUUGGUGCUUCUCAGGACCUCUCUCAGCAAUCUGGUUAUUGAGCUUAAUUGUAUUUUAGUGUGUGUGUGUGUGUGUAUAUAUUGUACAUAAUAUAUAUAUAUAUAUAUAUAUAUAUAUCCUUUUGCUGUUGUGUCUAAUAAACGUUAUUUAUGCAAUGUGACUUGGUGAAAAUGGGAUAGAUGGUUUUAACUGAGUUUUCUGAGUUUUAAAUUGCAAUGUAAUUUUGGCUAAAAUAAACCUCAAAUAUUGUUAGAUUAAGCUGUUUACAAUUCACUGCUGCUGCAAGUACUUGAAUACAAUGUUUAUGCCAUUGGUCGGGAAAAAAAGCUCAUUAAUUUUAUUGUAUCCAUCUUUGUUCACUUGCUGAAUAAAAGGUCAUUUGUAAUUUAUACUUUUUUUCAAAAAUAAAUUGAAUGUAACGUUA